AUGCUUAUAGCGUACCGCACCUCGUGUCAGAGGCUACGACCUCUCCAUCUCACGCGCACUGGUCUCCAGGUUGCACGUCAGCACACUUCCGCAGCAGGGACUCACAAUAAUCCCAAUCAUUCGCCGCAAGCCAAGCAAGAUGCAAAGAAAGACGAACAGAAGGCAAAUGAUCCACGGUUGAAGAAUGUCGAUGACUUGAUAGAAGACAAAUUCGCCGUUCUGAAGUCCAGCUAUGAUGCACCGAAGCACCCUAUCAUCCUAGCCCAUGGACUUCUUGGCUUCGAUCAGAUAAGACCUGCUGGACGACUCUUGCCAGGAGUCGAGUACUGGUAUGGAAUCACGCAGGCUCUUGCUGCGAAAGGUGUGGAGGUCGUGACUGCCGUAGUCCCUCCUUCUGGCAGCAUUGAGGCACGAGCGGCGAAGUUAGCUGAGGCAAUCGAAGCCAAAGCCAACGGGAAGGCGGUUAACAUCAUAGCACAUAGCAUGGUUGUGAUCCAGGGUGGCCUUGAUUCUCGCUACAUGAUUUCUCGCCUGCAUCCACCCAACGUCAAAGUACUAUCUCUGACGACAAUCGCGACACCUCAUCGCGGUUCAGCCUUUGCCGACUACCUCUUCCAUCAAAUCGGAAUCGCCAACGUGCCCAAGAUUUACAAGGUGCUAGACUUCUUCGGCAUCGAGACUGGAGCCUUCGGGCAGCUGACAAGGGACUACAUGUCCCAAUCAUUCAAUCCACGGACACCAGAUGUAGAUGGCGUCCAAUACUACAGCUACGGCGCUGCGUUCGAGCCACAUCUAACAUCGGUCUUCAAGAAGUCGCACGACGUUAUUGAGAAAGUGGAAGGAGCCAAUGAUGGGAUGGUCAGUGUUGGGAGUAGCCGCUGGGGCGAAUACAAGGGCACUCUCAACCACGUUAGCCAUCUCGAUCUGAUCAAUUGGACAAACCGACUUCGGUGGUGGUUCUGGCAGGUGACUGGCACGAGAAAGAAAAACUUCAAUGCGAUCGCCUUCUUCCUAAGCAUUGCAGAUAUGCUAGCGAAAGAGGGUCUUUGA